AUGCUCAGCACUGUUAAAGGAGUAGAUAUGUACCCCAAAACAAUUACAUUUACUUUUAAAGGACAAGAAGAAUUCAAGACUCUCUUUGGAGGAAUUAUAUCGCUGAUCAUCAAGAUAGUGAUCCUUCUAUACACCUACCAAAUGAUAUCCAUCAUGAUUACAAACAAGAAUAGUUCCAAAAAUGUAAACACCACUGUUCAGAAUAUUUUGAACGACACAGAUCCUAUUAAUCUCACUGAUACAAAGUUUCAGUUUGCAAUCAGAGCCACAAUAGAUGGAAUUGAUUUUGACGUGUUCAAUGAACCAAGUUAUGGCACAGCUUCAAUCGAUCAAUUUUACGUGAAUCAAAGAGUCUUUAAUAGAGUGCCCAUUGGUGUCUCUAGAUGUGGAAACAAUUUUAGAUAUGACAAUCAGCAAGAGAUUGAUGAUCUCAAGCUUAGCGAAUUUUACUGCCCUGACUCUAGAAAUUUGUCAGUGCUUGGAAACAUUCUCUCAGAAACUGUAUCAUAUUUCUCCUUCAGUAUUGCCAGGCAAGAAUACGAUGUUAUUAGUAGGUGAAACAAUGCAACAAGUGCUGUUACUUGCCAGUCAAAUACCACAAUAGACUCCAUUAUGAGCAAGGUUCAGAUCAGACUCUAUGUUGUGAACACAUAUUUUGAUUUUGAAGACUAUGACAAUCCAAUCAAAACAUAUCUCGAUGAUAGAUUCUUGUUCUACCUCAUACCAGGGUUCUCUCUAAAUAUUGGUGUCAGGCUUCAGAAAAAUGAAGCUGAAAUCCAAGACGAUUACUUCGCAUUCGCUCCUGGAGGAAAUAACAAAGAGUUUAUUGGCUUUGAUACAGUCAUGGAGAGAAUGGCCAUGGAAGGGAACCCCGAUGAAAGUCUUCUUGCUAUCAUAUUCACUAAAGAUCCAUCUUCAAAAUCUUACGAUCGUUCAGUCUUCACUGUCCUAGAAGCCUUUGGAAAUAUUGGAGGCCUUCUUGAGAUAUUCUCGAUUGCUGGUGGACUUAUCGUUGGUUUAUUUGCAGAGAGACUGUUCUUUUACACAAUAUUCUCAAAGAUGUAUCUACUCGAAGAAUCAGAGAAACCUUCUCAAGAUGGAAGAAUUCCAACAAGCAAAGUUAUGAAUGCUCGAGAAAACAAAGAUUCUUCUGAAGCAAGUUUAAAAGAUAUAGAAUAUUCUCAUAGGCAAUGUGAGAGAAAUGUUAGCUUUGAUGAAAAUUGCAAAGAGGAGUUAAGUGAAAAAGCAAGGCAGUCGAUUCAGAGAAGAUUUAAUUACGAUUGGAGAUUUACUGACCUCUUUUACAAUGCAUGUGGAUAUUUCAAGUUUAUGUUUCAUUGUUGUGUUAACAAAAAGAACAAUAUUAAUGUCAAAAGGAGACUUGAGUACUACAGCAAAGGACAAGACAAGUAUGCUCAUGAGUUUGAUGCAGUAAGAUUCUGAAAGAGCAUGAGGAAUCUCCAAGCACUUGUCAGAUCACUCCUAGAUGAUAGCGAGAAGUAUAUUAUCAAACAUCAGAGAUCCAACGUGCUUACUUUUGAUGAAAGUGGAGAUGACACCGACAUUCAAGAAGACAAUGAUAAGAAAACUCCAAAAUUAUUUGCCAAUUUGGUCAAUAAAAUGCUUUACCGUAUCAAAAUUAACAAGUUUAUAAAUGAUUAUAUGAAUGAAGAAUGGACAGAGCAAGACUACAAACUUGUAUCAGGAGUGUUUAGCAAGAAAUCGCUCAAAAAUAAUCAAAUAGAAACAAUGAUGGAUCAAAAUCAUUCUAGAAGACCUUGUCUCACAGUAGCAAGCAUGCAAUCAAGUCCCAAGCCUCCUAAUAUCAAGACUACAGAAGAAUCAAAAGACCAUGAUUCCACUACCUUCCACCCUCAAAAGUUAGCUACAGCCUCUAUUCUAAGCUUAAUGAAGCCCCCAAGUUCCAAAAUAUCCAAAGCUAGUUAUGACUAAAACUAACCUCUCUCA